GCCGAGUCGGUGUUCCCCGGCACUCAACGAUGCGUUUCACGGUACGUCCAGAAGUGACGAAGUAGAAGGAAGCCGGGAGGAAGUCGGGAGAGGGGUCGGUAGGGUACGUUUCUUCCCCACCUCACGCAACCGGGCGGUAGCCCUCCUCUUCUUUUGACGGUCGCCGUUGACAAUGAUGGUAAUGGUAAAUGGCCCAUGGAGAGGCUCUCUCUAUUCCGUGCCUCCACUGGAAACGGGAGCACGCCACGUGAAAGUAGGAAGGGGAGGCUAUAGUCGGACCGACGUCGCUUCGUGCGCCUCAGUCGUUCGUGGACCUCGAAGGACGAUAGAGGUCGAAGAGGGCACUUCCUCCUCUCCUGGCCUCGCGGACUCUUUCGGCACGCUCUUCCUCGAGCCUUCCCUCGGUCUUCUUAUACUUCUUCUCCCUCCAUCUCUGCUUUACUUCCGCAAGACUGUCGUACCUCAGUGACGAGGGCCCCAGCAGUAUUCGCCUCGCCUGCGCGAAGAUAUCGUUUCGUGAAGUCCGUCACAUUGGCAGCAUCGUGACAGUAUCGGAAGGAUGCGUCGGCAGCUUUCGCUCGUCCUCGGGAUCGUCCUGCUGGGUUAUCUUCAAGAUUACGCGUCCGGUGCAUGUCCCAGGAUAUGUCCGCCGAAUGGCGAGCCUGUUUGCGGCAGCGACGGUGUUAUAUACGCGUCGCAGUGUGAAAUGCGGAAGAAGAUGUGCGGAAAGGGCGUUACCGUGGCCACGGAGAAGACGGCUUGCCUGAGGUCAUCCGGUAGCAAGUGCGAGCACCGUUGUCCGGGCGAUCAAGAUCCGGUAUGCGGCACCGAUGGGCGUACCUACCUGAACAAGUGCAUGCUCAGAGUGGAAAUCUGCCGGGUCGGAAUCGAGCUGUCUCAUCUCGGGCCCUGCAACAAUAUUUCGGCCCACAGGGAGAACUGUCCAGUCUCGUGCGAUUAUGCGCCGCUCGACGGACCGGUUUGCGGAAGCGACGGUAACGUCUACAAGUCUACGUGUCAGAUGAAGCUGCUCACUUGCGGCCAAGGCGUCGUGCGUACGAAUAAGAAGCACUGCCAGACCACAAGACAUUGUCGUGAAUCGUGCUGGCGUGGUGCCAAACCUGCCUGCGGCAGCGACGGCAUUUUGUAUUCGAAUACCUGCAAAAUGCGGGCGAAGAAUUGCGGCAAGCACGUCUUCGAAGUGCCAAUGUCGUUCUGCGUAUCUCGAGAACGGACAUCCGGAAGCAACGCGUGUCCCUUGGACUGCAAAAACGAGCCGGAAGUAUCGGUUUGCGGAUCAGAUGGAAAUAUAUACAGGAACGAAUGCGAAAUGCAAAUGCUUAAUUGUGGGCAUGCAAGAAGAAAGGUAACGGUAGUAGACUUUGAAAAGUGUCGAUCUCGGCUAACGAAAUGCAUGAAGCAACAGCAGAGGUGCGGAAGUGAAGUGGAUCCCGUUUGUGGUAGCGACGCGAAUACUUAUCCAAAUCAGUGCCAUUUGAACGUAGCAGUUUGCUUAAAGGGCAUCCAAUUGGCUCAUAUUGGUGAAUGCACGACCUUGAAAGAGACCGAACACUGCCCCGAAGAUUGCGACCAAGUACUCGAGGAACCAGUUUGUGGAAGCGACGGCAAUGUUUAUCGAUCCCUCUGCCAUCUGCAACGUGAGACUUGCGGCCAGAGGGUGGUUCAAGUUCCGGCGCAGCACUGUCGUACCACCGCGCUUUGCAACCAGAUUUGCAGUGGGGAGCGUCAGUUUGUUUGCGGCUCCGAUAACAAACUUUAUCGUAACGAGUGCGAGAUGAAAAGGGACAAUUGCGGGAAACAUGUGUACGUGGUGCCUAUGAAGAGGUGUGUCCAAGGUUUCCUGUUUCGCGGCUGUCAAAAGAUCUGUCCACCCUAUUACGACCCGGUUUGCGGUACCGAUGGCAUGACAUACAGCAACGAGUGCUUCCUGGAGAUCGAAAAUUGCCGUAGUAGAAGUCUCGUUACGAAAAAGUAUCAUGGAAUGUGUGGACAGCCCACGGAGGAGCCGAAAAAUUAUCUCUAUUAAGCUCGACGGAGCUGACAUGAUGAUAUGAGAGAGAAAGAAAGAGAGAGAAAAAAAAAGGAAAAUUAAUCGACGAGAUAAUUCAGCUCGUAUCUCCCAAAUUCGGGAAGCGACAAUUACGUGUUGAUUUGUCAUGUUACGAGUCCUGUAGUAUUUAAGUUCGCUCGGCUCGCAUUAACCAGCUGCAAAUUUUAAUUAAUUUCAAUCGAUCAAAUAUUCGGGUUGGACGAAUGUUCGUGAUUCUAGACAAAUAAGCGCGACGCGACAGAGAAUCGUUUCACGUUUUCGAUUUCGAAUUCGAAUAUUUCGAUCGUCCACGACGAGCGAUCCGAAACACGGCGAAUCUGCACAGAGAAAAAUGCGCUCGAGGAGGAGCAUCUUGCCAGUCGCAAUCCGGAUUGUUAUCGUAUUGUUACUGCUAUUUCUACGAUAAUAGUAUCGCGAUUGCCGAUCCCUUCUCGGACAGCCGCGCGCUUCUGAAUUCGCGCAGCGAAAUUAUGGUUUGCACAAGUCGUUAUUACAUAUGGCAGGUGACGAAUAAUAUCGUCUAUCUUAUUACAUUAUUACAUUAAGGAAUUAUCUUUCUUUUCUCUUCUUUUUUAAUCGGGAAAGGGUCGCCAGUCGCGUAUUGAUAUAGUCCUUUCAUCGCACUUGACGGUAUAGACUCAUUAUUAUUUAUUAUAGCAUUAAUCAUACGACGCGAUUUCAUCCUUUUUUUUUUUUACGGUAUAUGCUCUGUUCUGUUCUGAUUAUGGCCAUUAAUGUAUCGACGCAGCGUCGUCAUAGCGUAUUUUAUUUUUAAGGGAAUAUCGUGCUAUUACACCUCCCUCCCAAUAUGUGAUGUGUGUUUAUUAUUAUUAUUAUUAUUAUUAUUAUUAUUAUAUUAUCAUUGCAAUCUUAAUUUAUUAUCGAGUACGCGAGAAUCUUUGUACUUCCUUUUUGUAUCGAUACUAACAUUGUAUACGCUUCAAAUGUCAAUAAUAAAUCAUAUAUACGUAUAUUUUAAGAUAUAAAAGCUGCAUAAAUUAUAUGCGAAAUAAUUAAUCGAAAAUAUGUUAUUUAUUUGUAGCCAUUUCUAUUUAGACUCAAGAAUUUCGUAUAGUGUAACUUUAUUAUACAUUCGUACAUCAAAUUAGUAUUCAUACUGAUUUAUUUCCGCUAAAAUUAAUUCUCGAUGCCAAAAUUGCGCAAAAGAGAAUUUCGCGAUUAAGCAUCGCAUUCUAUUUAUUAGCAAACAAGUAUAAAAAUCGCAUGCAUUUAUAUCUAAGACAGUAAGUUUGAUCAAAAUCUAAUUAAUUUAUCAAGUAUUCAAGUUAAACGGUCAAUUGAACGGUCUUGGAAAUAAAACAUUUUUCAAUUA